GCAGCCUUGCUGCAAAUGUGCAUUUUCGUGAACGUCCGGUUUAAAAUAAGUAAAUUUUUCUUCGGACUUCCAGUCACUUCCGUUCUGGAAGAAUUUCUUUUCUGUUGUUUUCAAGUUUUUUUAGCGCGAAUCAUCGCAGAAAAAAAUUUUUUGAGAACCUUAGACCCCUUUUCUUCUUUUGCUCUCUCUUACUUCUAAACUUGAGCAAUGGCUGCCGCGGCUCGCCAAAUCACGAAGUUCAAGCCCCUUUUCGAUCGAGUUUUGGUCGAACGAUUUGCUGCGGAAACAAAGACGAAAUCCGGCAUUAUGUUGCCUGAGAAGGCUCUUGGGAAGGUUCUUGAUGCGACGGUGGUUGCCGUGGGUCCUGGUUCCCGAAACGACGAAGGCAAAACAAUUCCUCCUAGCGUGAAAACCGGAGACCGGGUACUUCUUCCGGAAUACGGAGGCACCAAAGUUGAAAUUGAUAAUAAGGAAUAUUUCCUCUUCAGAGAUACCGACAUCUUAGGAUGUUUCAGUGAUGCCGAAAAGUGCAGAACCAGUUCAGAAUGAAAUCUGAUCGAGGGCUAGUGGGUUCUUAUUGUGUCUUUUACAAGACUUGCGUGUUUGCUGAACACAGACAACUAAAAAUCUCUGUGAAAAUUUGCAUUGACUUGUUGAAUGAAUAGAGAAACCAAA